AUGAAUACAGUGAUGGAAACCGACGAGAAAUGCCCUGCAACGUUUUUGCAGGACUAUGUGAUCUGUGUUAGCGGAUACUCCAACGAAGAACGGAUACUGUUGAGGAAUAUGAUUGAGUUUUGUGGCGGAUGUUAUAACGAAGACAUGGAGAGUCGCUCAGUGACUUACUUGUUAUCUAAGAACCCAGCUAGUGAUAAAACAAAACACGCGAUGAGGUGGGGUGUUCCAGUCUUGACACACCAAUGGCUCUUCGAUUGCAUGUCAGAGCGACGGCUCCUCUCAAUCAACCCGUAUCUGAUCAAUGCACGGAAAUAA